AUCCUCUUUGGGCUGACGAAGCUGCCUGAGUUCUGCUGUAAACCAUGGUUUGUCAUUGUUAAAUGUGAAAUAAGUCCUAGUAGGAAUGCACAUAUCCUCACAAAAACUGAUAUAUGAUGUAACAGUAUCUGUGAGCUCGUCCAGAUUGGUGUCUGCAGCCUCAAAAACUCUCCAAUCAGUGCAGUCAAAGCAGGCUUGUAGUUCCAGCUCUGCUUCGUUGGUUCACUCUUUACAGUCCUUAAUACAGGCUUAGUAGAUUUUAAUUUCUGUCUGUAGGUUGGAAGAAGAUGAACCAGGCAGUGAUCAGAUAGUCCCAAAGCUGCUCUAGGAACAGAGCGAUAUGCAUCCUUUAUUGUUGUGUAGCAGUGAUCCAGUAUAUUUCUGUCUCUGGUUGGGCAUGUAAUGUGCUGUUUGUAUUUGGGCAGUUCACGUGUGAGGUUUGCUUUGUUAAAAUCCCCAAGAAUAAUAAUAACUGAGUCCGGGUAUUGUUGUUCUGUGUCUGUGAUUUGAUCAGCCAGCUGUUGCACCGUUGUGUUCAAACACGCGUUUGGCGCGAUAUACACACUCACCAGAAUAAACGAGGAAAACUCCCGUGGCAAGUAGAAAGGCUUACAGUUAAUAAAGAGCGCUUCCAAAUUAGGACAGCACAUCCUCUUUAACAUUGUUACAUCUGUACACCAACUUUCACUGAUGUAAAAGCAUGUUCCACCGCCUCUCGUUUUCCCCGUUAACUCUGCGAUGCGAUCUGCUCUGAACAGCUGAAAGCCCAGCAGAUGUAACGCGCUGUCCGGAAUGGCUUCACUCAGCCAGGUUUCUGUGAAGCACAAGGCAGCAGAGGUUGAAAAGUCCUUGUUUGUGCAAGUGAGGAGAUGUAGUUCAUCAGUUUUGUUAGGGAGAGAGAGGAGAUUUGCUAGAUGCUCGGCAGCGUUGUUCGAAAGCCCCGCCGACAAAGCGUGACCAGCGUGCCUGCUCGUCUCCCUCGCCUGUGUCUCCUGGCGUGUUUAAACAACACAGCCUCAUGUACGACUAGAAUGUCAAACAAAACGUCCGAAUAUUCAAAAUCCGGGAAAAUAUUGACUGUGUAUGCUGUCGAAUGUUCAGCAGUUUGUCUCUGGUAAAACUGACUGAAAAAAGAUUACUAAACACAGGACAAACAAACAAAAACAACAAAACAAUAGAAGCGCUCCUCACCGAGGCGGCCAUACGCGGUGCCAUCAUGAUGGGACAAUUGAACAUCUAUGGGAUGUGCUGGACCAACAAAUCCGAUCCAUGGAGGCCCCACCUCGCAACUUACAGGACUUAAAGGAUCUGCUGCUAAAGUCUUGGUGCCAGAUACAACAAGACACCUUCAGAGGUCUUGUGGAAUCCAUGCCUUGAUGGGUCAGAGCUGUGUUGGUGGCACGAGGGGGACCUACACAAUAUUAGGUCCAUUUGGAGUAAAUCAUGGCGUUGAGCUCCACAAGGAGGUUGUUGAAUAUGCAGAAGAAAGACUCGAUGAAUUCAUUAAAAACAGCGACAGCUUUGACAGGUUUGAGUUCUGCAAACCACACUUUGUGGUGGGGAACUGCCUGGAGAUUUCAUCAGACAGUAAUCAAUAUGAUCGUGUUUACUGUGGGGCUGGAGUUCAAAAGGACCAUGAGAACUACAUGAAGAUCCUGCUAAAAGUUGGUGGGAUUUUGGUCAUGCCAAUUGAUGAUCAGCUGACUCAAAUCACCAGAACCAGUCAGAGCUCCUGGGAGAGUAAGAACAUCCUGGCAGUGUCAUUUGCUCCUCUUGUUCAGCAGAAUAGGACUGACAGCAGCAAGCCUGAGGCUGUGGUGCUACCCCCUUUGACAGUAAGGAGUCUUCAGGACCUGUCACGAAUCCACAUUCGCCGAACCCUCCGCAACCUGACCAAUGACGAGAGCGGCGGCCGCAAUUCCACACAAAGAAUGUCUCAGAAGCGCAAACGCAGGCGCUGUCGUCGCCGCCGUCGAAUCAACACCUACGUCUUCGUCGGAAACCAGUUGAUUCCUCAACCCAUGGACAGCGAGGAAGACGAAUGCAUCGAAGAGGAGAGCAAAGAGGAAGAGCAAGAGAAAGACAUUGAGCCUAUCAAACCCGAGGAACCACAAGUCAACCACCUGAGAGACAAAAUUUUGAGUCUGCCGCUACCCGAGUCGUUGAAAGCGUAUCUGCUGUACUACCGCAAGAAAUAACAGAGUGCAUAACCGCUCAUUCAGUCUACGAAUUAAUCAGUGGUGGUGGUUUUCCUUCUCCAACUACUUCCGACCCUGAAUUCCUUUUUGUUUUUUGUUUUUUAUAAUAUAGCAUAAUUUAAACAUUUAAAUGGGGCAACGCUGCAUUCGAAAAAGACGUCGGAGUUGAUUGUGCUUGCUGUGUUGUUCUGAUGACUCAUAACCCAAUCUUUAAACAGAAUCUUCACAUUUUAAAUGUGAUUUUUGAGUAUGAAGGACCUAAUGAGGACCUUUGGUGGUUGAGAAGCUUCUAGCUCACCUUGUUUGUGUUCAGAGAAAGAGUUUGCUAAAAUUGUUGGGUAAAUGGAAUGGAAGAAUUGCUAUUUUUCACAGGCUUGUAUAGUAAAACCCAAUAUUUGAUGAAACCAGUAAUGACAGCUUUCUUUCUGUUUUUCCAUUGUAGGGAGAAUUAAAAACUCUAGUCAAUAUUUUGCAAUUGAUUUUUGCCUUCUUUGAGUCUCCGACUUGGGAGUUUUUGCUGUUUAUGAUGCUAAUGCUUUCAGUAUCUCUUCAGGCUGUUUUAGUGAAGUUCCAUCUAGAGAUGAUUUUUGGCUUGUGUUUCACAUUUGUACUUUUUUUGUUUUUUUUACAUUCUAGUCACAUUUGUAAUUACUGAUAUUGAGCUGUCUCUUAAUAGAUGAUGUAAUUCUUUGGUAGUUGUUUAUUUUGUCUGUCGGUCUCGACCUGAAGACGUAACGCUCCACUUUCUGCUUGUGAUCAUAAAAUGUAAAAGACGUCACUGUUUGUAAUCGGAGAUUUCACACUGUCGUAACAACUUGUUUGCAAUAUAUUGUCAGCAUAAGAAAUCUGUGGCUUAAUUUCAGUUAUUGAAAUGAUUUGAAAUGAUCUCUUGACUCUGCAUACAGAAGAGGGGAAUUUUCUGUCUGCCACUGUCGGCAAAAAGAUUGUUCUGCCCCAAAUUAUUAUGUUGGGAUGUUCGAACAAACACUUUUUUGGGGGAAUCAACCUACUCAUAGUUGCCUCUUCAGAUUAAAUGGUGAUAGAAGGAAGUAUUUUAACACGUAGGCCAAAAACAUACUUGCAUGUACGCAGAUGUGAACACUUAGCCAAUGCAUUGCCAACUCACAGUCCGGUUAAACAUGCUUAACGUGCGGUACUCAAGGGGGCGAUAGAGUUACCUUCUAAAGUCUGUGCCAUUACACUGGGUGUGUUGUUAUUCAGGUAAGUUGCUUUAAAUAUAUUGACUUUAACUUGUUUAGCAAUGUUCUCUUCAAACUGUUGCUCCACCAUGACAGUAGUUGACUUUAAAGAGAAAACUUGCCAUAGAAUCGGACAUUUCAAGCUAAUGUUCACUAUAGCGCUCCCUGUGGCAAUGUUCUGACACAUUUGGAAAAGCAAAAAUGCAUGCAGUUCGAACACUUGUGUAAAGUUUGUCAUUACUAGACAUAAAUAUUGUUAUCAAUAAUGAUUGUUAGAUGACAAGUUUGAAACAAGCACCUUAAAUCUUUUCCAGCAACACAUUGUGUCUCCCAUUAUUUAUAUUGAAAUGAUGGUGACAGGAAAAAGAGAAUGUACAGAUAUUAACCAAAAUUAUGCUUUAAAUUUGGCCUUACAGAUUUACAAUGUAUGUUAUAGAUUGUCCGUCAAACUAAUAUUUCUUCUAAUACAGUUGUCUUUUCUGUCCUAUAUAAACAUGCUACAAAGAAGGCUAUAAAAUUUCAAAUAUUAGUGCAAAAAUUGUUUUAAAAAAUAUAAAACCUACAGGGCAGAAUUAUUUUUUAUACUGAAUAUUGUUGAACACCAGCAUAAAUACAAAUAAUCUAGAAAUAAUGUUUUGUUUUGAAACCAAACCGCAUGCCCACUAGCUUUGAUUUCAAAAUGAUUUAAAAGCUAACAAAAGGAACACCACAAUGUUUUUGUGCUUUGUUUGUUAUUGAGACCGUAGUACAACACAUUUAGGCCAGAUGGUUUACUUUUCCCCACUGAAAAUAAAUGCCUUGACCAUUUCUGCCAUAUUUUGAAUUCAGAACUCAAAUAUUAAAAUGUAUCCAACCCUUUAAGGUAUUCAGAGGGUAAAACUGUAAGCAAUAUUUAGGCUACAGAUUCUACAUGGAGGGUCUGGUAAUAUUUAUCAGAGUUAUUCACAUUGCUCAUUGGUCCAAAAAUGCACACAUUCCUCACACCUGUCGGAUUCGCAAGGUAAGAGAGUCCUAGUGAACCUGUCUAUUGAGUUUGUUAAAUAAGGGGCUACUAAAACAUUCCACAAGGUUUAAUUCCUUGAGAUCAACAGCAUGUUUUCUUACAGAUGGUCCGUGCUGUCGGUACAUGGGAGUGUCUUUUUUCAAAUGUAUCACUGACUGUUUGUAAUUUGAUGCUUUGUUUCUCAACCAUCUUUUCAUUAAAUAUAUUUAUAGCCAA